AUGGCUACUGCAAGCAAGCAUGUUGCCAUAGAUAUCGAAGAUGACGAGAGGGGCACUGACGAACCUUACGAUAGAGAAUUUCUUCAUCGAGUCAUCGAAGAUGCUGGUCGAUGGGCCUACGGAGUAAAGCUUGUGGAACUGUGGGUUCUGAAUGAUGCGGCGACCCAACUGUAUCGACCUGAGAGCGGUUGGUGGAUGGAUUACUACGCUGACAAAGAUCACAAAUUUUCUGUGUUGACCGAUGCUUCACUUCCUGAGUUCAUCCCGGCCGCACCUUUGGCUCCAGGCAUUGGAUUACCUGGCUACCUAUGGUCGCAAUCAAAAAGCGGGAACAUGGUGGAUCGUCGACAGAGUGGGCUACGAUCCAGUGCAGUUGGAAUGAGUGAUAGAAGCGCCCAGCUUAUUCCACCAUCCCUAUCUUGGUGCGAGGUGAAGCCUUUAGCCGCCGAUCCUGACCAACCUUACAAUGAAAGAUUGCAAUAUCUAGCAAAAGCUGGACUUGGACUAGCAGCAGGUGUACCAUUCAACAUUGGUGGAACACAAGGAAUUGUAAUAUACAUGGCUCGUGAGAGUGACGACCAUUCAGAGCUGACCAAUAGCGUCAAUGAAGAGUAUCUGCAACGGGCAACGACUGUGAUUGGUUCUACAUAUUCCCUUCGAAAGCCAAGACUAGCGGUGGUGAAUAGGAAAAAGGCUGCUUGUUCUGCAAGUUGGCGACGGGUGCGAAAGCGGCUAGCUGCUAUCAAGGCAAUGGGAAAGACGCUCAAGGAGGUCAUCCAGGAAGAGAGUGAAAAGGAAAAAUUUUCACACAAUUCACAAGUAAUCGGUGACUUUAUCCAUGAUGUCGAUGGAACUUGCAACACGAUUGUAGGAUAUUUCAUUGGAAAGUUGAAAAUCGAAGCGACCAAAUUCUUUGGUGCAAACGUAAAGGCACCACCAACUUUUGGUUGGAUGCCAUCGUUAUUUACGUUUGCAGGCUCGUUUGUUACGCUUGCCAUUCUGACGAAUCUAAACAAGGCACUAGUUGAAGGCUAUGGUUCGGGAUACUCCAUCGUUCUCCCACCAUUUGGAGCAUUAAUGACUCUUCAGUACGGUUUGACAGCUGCCCCAGCCUCCCAACCUCGAAAUGCUAUUGUCGGUCAAACAUUGGCCUUGAUCAUUGCGUGUUUGAUUGGCCAAUUAGACGAAUUGGAACUUUGGCUGCGACAAAGUCUUGCUACGGCUCUAGCCAUCGGAGUCAUGGUGAAAUUUGGCGUGACGCACCCUCCGGCAGGAGCAGCAGCUUUGGUCUUUUCGAGUGGGAGACAGUCGUGGAGACAAGCGGGUCUGAUGAUAUUGGGGAAUGUGAUCGCCGUUCUUUCGGCGACUCUGAUUAACAACUGGAACGCCAAACGACAAUAUCCAACCUUUUGGGGGUUUCGACCGAUAACUUCGUUGUUUAGUCCUAAAACGAAGAAAGCAGCAUAA